AUGGGGCCUGACGCUCUUACCACCUCCAAGCCGAAACAGUGCUCCGAAGCCAUAUGGAAAGAUCCAGAAGUCGUGGAGGGUUACCGCUCUGCGGAAAAGGUGACCAUUGCUUUUGCUAGGUCGUUGGUCGAGCAAUCAGGUAUCUUAUCCAUUCGGAAUGAGGAGGAACCACUGUCCAUACUGGACAAUGCCUGCGGGACAGGGGCAGUCUCGGCCGUUCUGCAUGAGAUGCUUCCUGAUUGGAAGACCAAGUGCAAGUGGACGUUGACAUGUGCAGACCUGUCUGAAGCAAUGAUCAAUGUGGUCAAGGAAAAGAUAGAAGCUGAAGGAUGGGAAAACACCGACGCUGCAGUCGUGGAUAUGCAGGAGACCGGGUUGCCGGCUAACAGUUACACUCAUGUGUUUGCCGCUUUUGAGUGCCUCCGGAUUCUAAGGCCGGGUGGAACACUCGCAUUCACCACCUGGAAAAAGACCGGAUGGAGUGAAGAUAUCAAUGCUGUCAUUGCUACCAUGGCCCCUGACCUUCCACAACCUACGUCCGAUGAAUUUCUAAUGUCACUCGGCAGCGGCGAUGAAUGGCAUAAUCCCACUUGGGUUGAAGAUCAGUUGCAGAAACGGAGACUCGAAGAUAUCCAAGUACGACUCGUGCAAAUGACCAUGGCAACCAGCAACCAAUCGGAGAUCAUGCCAGCAUUGGGUCCAAUUAUGUCACAUAUACCGGCCAGAUUCUGGAACGAGGAGCUAAGGGAGAAGUACGGGCCUGGUUUUGCAUCAGCAGUCUCGGACUACUUCACAUCAACGUAUGGUGUUGAUAGGCUUAUUCCCAUGAAUUGGAUUGCCAUCGUGGCUACCGCAACAAAACCCGCUGGGAUGACGCAUUAG